UGGGUGCGUGCUAGGGGAAACCUGGAAGGGUGGAAGGGUGUUCCUGCGAGUCUUGCUACUGCUGCUGCUGCUUUCAUGCGUGUCUCUGCGAGUGCCGGACAGAGGAUGGAUGGAUGGAUAGAUGGCAUGCUACCUAUCUCUUCAUUCUCCGGCCCCCAACACUUAACACUUAUCACACCACACCACACCACACCGACCGAUCACAUUGUGACCGGCCACCUUGGACACUGCACCGCACCGCAGCGCACCGCACCGUUGCCUCCCAUCCGAGCGCUUGCACAUCUGCUGUAGUAGCAGUAACCCCGACAUCGCGGCUUGCCAUACCGUGGACCGUGGUACAUAACCCAUAUCUGUAGCCGCCCGCCACACCGUCCCACCUCUUGUCCUCUUCUCCCGCUUUUGGCUUCAAGCAGUGACCGAGUCGGCAUGCGAACAACAGUGUCUAGUUCGUCCCAACUACUCCGUCUUAAGAACCUAUCUUGUCUUUUUGAAAGGCAAACACUGCCGGCAACGGCACUAACUCCUUACCUUGGCAAACAAUUUACUCUGCCAAUCUCACCUGUUACACCGAGUCUGAUUUCACAAUGGCUCAAGUACGCUUCGCUCCACGAGAGCACCCGCAGAUGGAAAUGAGGGAAAAGGGGAGGGCGAGGGGUCCGGUAUUCACAACGCCGGCUUUCAAUGACAGGCCAAACUCUGUGUACACGGAAUUCAUGGAGUCAGAAGCCGAGAUGGGCCACGAACAUGAUGAUCAUGAUGACGACGACGACGACGACGAGGUCUACAGCGAAUUCGGGGAUCUGGAAGGAAUCGAAGAUGGCGAAUGUUCCCCCCGUGCCAGCAUUGGCGGUUCGUCCGGCCAACACAGCUUUACCACCCUCUCCACAUACGACGAGGUCCAAACACCAAGGUCCCUGCGGCAACGGCCCUUCGCAUUCGACACGUAUGAAGUGAAGCAGCAACCAGUAGAAGGCCCGAGAGGUCCUCACCUGUUCCGGAGCUCCAUGUCCUCGGCCCAGUCCAUCGAGUUGCAACAUGCGCUUUCGCUCUCGCCUGUGACGCCCAAGAAGCCACAUCUGAUGGACUACCAGCUUCAGGAUGUUCACCUCACCGCUCUGCCAAAAAAGAGGCGCAACACGGCCGGCCCUUUUGAGUUUACCGACGAGGAGCUUGAUACGUCGGCGCUGCAUAUGUGGUCUCCGGAAAUGGUUGCGCAGAGGAUGCUGAAUGCCGGUGUUGAGCUUCCCGCCGCGGAAAAGUUUGUCGAGAAUGAUAUCACGGGUGCUAUUUUGAUCACGUUGAAGUUUGAGGACUUGAAGGAGCUAGGGAUUUCAUCUUUUGGCGUGAGGACGUUGGUUUGGGAGGAGAUUCACAGCAUGAGGGACAUGCAGAAGCCGGAGCCUAUGCCCGAGACACCGAUUGAGGAUGAGCCGGACAAGCAGGUCAGAAGGGAACUCAAGAGGAAGGAGAGCGGCGCGACCAAGGACAAGCGGAAGCCGAGGUUGAAGAUUAACGAUGUCAUCUCUCCUUUGGAGUCGGUGUCCAUCGUGGGUAUUGAGCAGGUACUGCCAAAGCCUCACCAGUGCUCCAAGGGCGAGAACUGCUCCAAGGCCAAGAGAUACAAGCGGCUGAUGGAGGCCUUCCAGAAGGACCACCCGUUCCUCAACGACAAGGGCGUCAUCAUGCUUGCCGGCGACCUUGGAAAGGUCACCGCUACCACGGGUCUAGGCGCGCCGGAAGAGGACGAGUUCCGCCCGGUAUCCGACGUCGUCCCUUCUGUGGUGGCUUCAUCCGAUGUCAUGGGACCCGGUGCCUUCACAACAAUGCAGUACCUCCAAGAAGCUGCCCUUCGUAAUGUCGAGACAAGAGACGCCCAGGACAACGUCCGUCACUUCCUCGACUUCCAACACCAACACUCCACCAGCAGCGAAGUCCCCCCAACACCACCCUUUGAGAUCUCCCCCGUGAGCAACUCCCCGGUCUACGGCAGCAACACCACCACCCCCCAACCUCACACCGGCCUCCGCGGCCUCCCCAAGCUCUCCAUCCCAACCCACCCAUCCACCACCACACCCAACACCUACGACCCUCAAUCCGCCCGCACCCGCUCCGCCCGCCCAAUCUCCCAAGUCAUCCCCUCCUUCCGAGAACUCUCCCCCUCUUCGUCAGAGUCCACCCCCACCGGCGCCGCUCCCAUGUACCGUUUCGGCACACCCUUCUCAGAAAUGGACGUGCCCAUCACCAUCACCUCCCUCCCCGCCCCCUCGCGUGACUUUUCGCAGUCUGUGCCCCCCGACAUGAACUACCGCAACCCCACGAUGCGGUCUCUGUCGCGCAACACCAUCCGCCGGCCCUCCUUCCCCGUCAUGCCGGCCCUCGACGAGAACAGCAUCGUCUCCCCCCUUUCCAACAACAACAACAACAACAACAACAUCCCCUCCACCCUCAACCGCUCUUUUUCGCAGCGUCGUCCGUUGCAGGCUCCCCCGAGGGUAAACUACCCCUGGACACAAACCGACCGCCCCACGUUGGAAAAAGCCAUCCCCCCUACAACAACAGCUACUACUACUACUAUUACUACUACUGCUACAACCAACAACCCCACCGGUGUGAAAACAGUCAACAUCAACGGCCGACUGUCGCCCGUGAGCGAUAAACCCACCCCUGACAUGACGGGUGGCGAGGCUAUCAGUUAUCAAGGUCUCAUGAAGAAGAGAAAAACAAAGAUGCUCAGGCACGAGUGGCACGAGCAUUUCUUUAGACUUCAGGGGACAAGGCUGACGAUGCACAAGGAUGAAAAGGAGAAGAAUAGGACGUUGGAGUAUAUCGAUAUUGAUGACUAUGCUAUUGCCUGCAGCAGCAUGCAGCAGAGCGGGAAUAAGCUGGGGGCGGCGUUCAAGGCGAUGCAUAUCCGACGGGGGAGUGAUGAGUUGGCGAGGAGGGGGGAUGUGGGUGCUUUUAGUUUUCAGCUGGUGCCGCAGGAUGGUAGGAAGGCGCUUGGGCUGGGGGGGGUGCUCAGUAAGAAGAAGGAGAGCGGUGCUGGGGGGGAGAGGGAGGGGAUUGAGGGGGCGGUGAAUGGGACGGGGAAGACGCAUCACUUUGCGGUCAAGGGGAGGGAUGAGAGGAUUGAUUGGAUGAGGGAGUUGAUGCUUGCUAAGGCCAUGAAGCAGAAGGGGGAGGGGUUUGAGGUUGUGGUGAAUGGGAAUAUGAUUUAG